GGUAGAAGUCAACCAAAAACUAUUGUAACGUCUGCAAAUCUACGCCACCCAAGCUCUCUAUUUUACGACGUCACAAGCAACAGGAUAUACUGGGUAGAAAGAUCAAUAAUUAAAAGCUGCACGACAAAUGGAUUGGAUAUUAAAGGCUAUGUCAUCACGGGGGGUGCAACACAGGCGUUUGCAUAUAAGGGUUUCUUUGGUUGGAUCAAUGCAGAUAAGAUAUACUUUAAAAGAAAGACGUCACGUAUUAUAGAGCCUACGCUGGAUAUUUUACAAAACGCUUCACAUGUUUCCAUAUUUGAUUCUUCUCUGCAGAAGGACAGAAGAGGUGGUUGUCACAUACUGAAUGGUGGCUGCGAGGAUAUUUGUGUUCCUUUAGGAACUGGUAGAAAAUGUGAAUGUGAUAUUGGACUACAACUACAAUCUGAUCUGAAAACGUGUGAUAGCAGUACUUAUUCCACAAAUUUCCUUCUUGUUUCCGAUUAUUCCCACGGUCGAAUCCUUCAGGUUGACAUAAACACAGGGAACAUAGUCAAACUACCAAUAGUUGUAAAAACUCAUCCUGGAAUGACAUUUGAUAAAUUGGGAAUGAAACUCAUCUACUCAUCUCUCUCUUCGAGAACUAUAAUGUCGACCACACUUCAUGGAAAGAACACAUCCUUGUUGUAUGCAACAGGAUUCGCUCAUGCAGAAAGCUUGACCAUCGACUAUUCAACGGGAAACAUUUACUAUACUGCAAAAAGUUUCACUCCCAGUCUAAGCUAUAUUGGAGUUGUACACAGAGCCGCCUUACUCCAUAGGACUUUGUUUUCAAACCUGCAUAGUCCAGGAGAUAUCGUGGUAUAUCCGUCAAAAGGCUUUUUGUACUGGACAGAAUUUGGCAAUAGACCAAAAAUUGGUAGAUCAUAUAUGGAUGGAACGUCCAAAGAGUAUAUAACAACAACAGAUAUUGGAUGGCCAAUCGGUCUCGCAAUAGAUUUUAUUUCCAACAAACUAUACUGGACAGAUGGCCUUAAAAAUCGCAUAGAGUACUCAAAUCUAAAUGGUUUAAACAGACACGUUUUAACAACUGAUAAUGACGCACAUCUAAUGAGUGUUGUGAUUCAUGGAGAAUUUUUAUAUUACACUGCGUGGAAUAGACAGCGUAUAACAAAGAUAAAUAAAGCUACAGGUUCUAAAGUCACAUUUAUGAAAAAUCACCCAGAGCUUGGUCGACUUGAUAGUUUGGAUAUAUUUACAGGUGAUUCAGUGGAUGUUAAUAGAAUUUGUUCAAAGAAUAACGGAGGAUGCAGUACUUUCUGCUUUCCAACACCAACUGGGAGAACAUGUGGAUGUCAGGAUUACGUUGAUUUAGAAGCAGACCAAAAAACAUGUCAAGGAGUAUCUCGCUGUGACACCUCCCUACAGAAUGUAAAUUUCCCUGACUGUCUUCCAUAUUCCGGUCAAACUUGUCCAGUUGCGUGCAAAUCUGGAUAUAAGCUUGUUUCCAAUACAUCUGUUACUUGUGAUCAAUCCGGACAAUGGACUCCAUCUCCUAAUCCUUUCUGCAUGGCUUCUGGAUGUUCAAAGGCGAUACGAAAUGGUCAACUUAUAAACUGUCAGUCAAAUAUCCAAGAAACAUGUGAAUAUAGAUGUUUUAGCCCUUUGGAAAUCAAUCCAUCUGUUCCAAAUAUCACAUGUAAAGAAAAUGGAACAUGGAGUGAUGAUACAAAUAAUCUAUGUGUUCAUUUAUGUCCCUCAACUAUUCGGAACGGAAAACUGGCUGAAAGCUGUAUACGAAAUAUUGGGAACAAAUGCUCUUACUCUUGUGACAUCAACUACAGACCCUCUUUGUCCUCUCCAAAUAUUGUCUGCACAUCGGGUUCUACCUGGAACGAGAACACCGAUGGAUUAUGCAAGCGUAGGCCAUUUAGUUUUAGGUUUCUUUGUUCAAAGAAUUAUUGUUCAAAUAAUUACUUAUGCUAUAAAUAUGAAAUGCUUAGAAAAGUGCCUAUAUAACCUCUGUAAUUGUGAGAUGGUUAUCUUAC